UGCGGAGCCCGAGCACCCAGACAGCAGCGUUAAGGUCUUCACCGCCAGAGUUUUUACUUUUUGUUAAGUUACUCUCGCUUAAGAGCUGUUUGCAGAACUGAUGAUACACCCUAAACAACUUUACAGCAAGUUCAUCGGACAAAAGUUGCCGUCUUAAACUUGGAAAGAUGACUUUUUGCAAAACCUGGACUGUUGCACUCCUGCUGCCUCUGCUGAUAUCAGCCCAGUAUCAAGGAGACAAUGGAAUAGUGGUCCCGGAGCAUGGGUUUUGUCAGCCGAUUUCAAUCCCUCUGUGCACGGACAUAGCCUAUAACCAAACCAUCAUGCCAAACUUAGUGGGCCAUUAUAACCAGGAGGACGCAGGGCUCGAAGUGCACCAGUUUUACCCCCUUGUAAAGGUACAGUGCUCGCCGGAGUUAAAAUUCUUCCUUUGCUCCAUGUAUGCGCCAGUGUGUACGGUUUUGGAGAAGGCCAUACCUCCCUGCAGGUCAAUCUGCGAGAGAGCCAAGCAGGGCUGCGAGGCGCUCAUGAACAAGUUCGGCUUUCAGUGGCCGGACCGCCUGCGCUGCGAGAACUUCCCUGUGCUUGGAGACGGACUGAUCUGUGUGGGCCAAAACGACUCCUCCGCCGCCACCGUCCCACCCAUCACCCCUCAAGGCACCGAUGACUUCUCUAUGGUCCCCACACAUGACAGGCCUUUUCGGUGUCCGCCUGUUCUGAAAGUACCAACAUAUUUGAAUUAUAAGUUUUUAGAGGAGAAGGACUGUGCAGCUCCCUGUGAGCCUUCCAGGAGCGGUGGGAACAUGUUUUUCAGUGACAAAGAGAUCCAUUUCUCCCGCAUCUGGAUUCUUGUCUGGUCUGUGCUUUGUUGUGCAUCCACAUUAUUCACUGUAACCACAUAUUUAGUGGACAUGCAGCGCUUUAGAUACCCUGAGAGACCCAUCAUCUUCCUGUCUGGCUGCUACACAAUGGUCUCCAUAGCCUACAUAGCUGGCUACUUUCUGGGAGACAAAGUGGUGUGCAACGACAGCUUCACCCCAGAAGGCUACAAAACCAUCGUCCAAGGCACCAAAAAGGAAGGGUGCACCAUCCUCUUCAUGAUGCUCUAUUUCUUCAGCAUGGCCAGCUCCAUCUGGUGGGUCAUCCUGUCUCUCACCUGGUUCCUUGCUGCAGGCAUGAAGUGGGGCCAUGAGGCGAUUGAAGCCAACUCUCAGUAUUUUCACCUGGCGGCCUGGGCAGUGCCGGCCGUCAAGACCAUCAGCAUCCUUGCCAUUGGGCAGAUCGAGGGUGACGUUCUCAGUGGUGUCUGCUACGUCAGUCUCAGCAGCCUGGACCCUCUGCGAGGCUUUGUCUUGGCCCCUCUCUUCAUUUAUCUCUUCAUUGGUACCUCUUUCUUGCUGGCCGGGUUUGUGUCGCUGUUCCGAAUCCGCACAAUCAUGAAACAUGAUGGCACCAAGACGGAGAAGCUGGAGCGGCUGAUGGUGCGGAUCGGGGUGUUCAGCGUGCUCUACACCGUCCCUGCCACCAUUGUUAUAGCCUGCGUGUUCUACGAGCAGGCCUUCCGCCCCCAUUGGGAGCGCAGUUGGGUCAGCCAUAACUGCAGGGGCCUGGCCAUCCCCUGCCCUAUGCAGACCGGGCCCCGCAUGACUCCAGACUUCACUGUCUACAUGAUCAAGUACCUCAUGACACUGAUAGUGGGUAUCACCUCUGGUUUCUGGAUCUGGUCUGGAAAGACUUUACACUCCUGGCAUAAGUUUUACACAAGACUGACAAAUGGUAAACAUGGAGAGACCACUGUGUAGAAUUAAGAGACAUCCUAAUGUUGCUGGGACUAAUUCUUUUCAUUAUUACCUGUUGCUCAUGUGAGUGAGAGGUAAGUGAGUAGCCAUAGGUUCUUGCAACAUUUGUAUUCGCCUCAGCUUUAUAGCCACACAUGCAUGCCAAACUGAGGGUCAGGGCUUGACAAAAGGGCAAGCUGGAUAAACAAGGACUGAGCCUGACUGUCUGAACAAAUAACAAGCAUGGCUAUGGAUGCCAUGUGCUGAAAUGCUCUCCCUCCCCCUCCCUUAAAGCCACCAUGAGCUCAAGACCAGUGAUGAGCCAGCAGCCAAGAACAUAGAGAGCAGGGGAAAAUGAGUUCAUUCUCUCUGUAAACAUUUCACGUGUAAUUAACUUGUAAAUAGUAUUUGUAAAAACACAAAAUUAUAUAUUUGUAUUUAUAGAAAGUAAAUCAUUUUUUGUAUCUGUCAGUGUAUCUGCUUUACUUACUUUACUCACUGUAAGAAUGCCACAUACUGUAGAUCUAGAUAUGCUUCUUUUUUAUUAAUUGCUGGUUAUGAAUUACUGUUUUUUUUUUAUGGAUUAAAAGAACAUUACAGUCU